AAACUGAGCUCAGGGAAGACUCAGGGAAGACUCAGGGAAGACUCAGUGAAGACUCAGGGAAGACUCAGGGAGCUGCAUGUGAGAGACACAGAAAGAAAAGGAGGGGAAUCAGCCAAGUGCCUCCAAGUCUCUCCCCCCACAGCCACUGAAGGAUUCCCCACCAGCUUAUUGACUGUCUGCAAGGAACAGGAAUCAGUAUGGCAGACCGGAGUCAGAAGAAAAGCUGUGGGCAGAUAAUGAAUGAAUUUGGGGAAUUUAUGUGGAACCCAAGGACCCGGGAAUUCAUGGGCAGAACCGCAAGCAGUUGGGCUUUGAUUGUUACUUUCUAUGUGGCAUUUUAUGCCUUCCUCACGGGCAUGUUUGCCCUCUCCAUGUGGGUGAUGUUACAAACCAUUGAUGAAUACACCCCCAAAUAUGGGGACCGACUUCCUAGUCCAGGGAUGAUGAUUCGGCCCAAAACAGACACUCUGGAGAUUGUUUAUAACAUCAAUGAUGCCUCAAACUCUGGCUGGGGGGGCUACGUGGCUAAACUGAACUCAGCUCUGGAAAUGUACAACGACAGUGUGCAAGUGCAACAGGGGUCAGUGUGCAACCCGGGGGUGUUUAACAGACAGGAGGAUACGGGGGACGUGAGGAAUUACCCCAAGAAGGCCUGUCAGUUCCUGAGAAGCUCCCUGGGCAACUGCUCUGGGCUCAGUGACCCCACGUAUGGCUACAAAGACGGCAGCCCCUGUGUCCUCGUCAAAAUGAACCGGAUCAUCAACUUUCUCCCCGAAGUUAUUCCAAGUCUCUCCAACUCCUCCAUCACCAUAAACUGCAUGGGCAAGAGCACAGACAUUGAGCUCAUGUUGGGGAGCCGCAGUUAUUACCCCAGUGAUGGGACAGAUUUGGGCACCAUGGAUCUCAUGUAUUUCCCGUACUAUGGGAACAGAGCACAGAAGAACUACACGCAGCCGUUGGUGGCGGUCCAGUUCCAUAACGUUUCUCGGAACCAGGACCUUUAUGUGGAAUGUCGCGCCAACGCCGGCAAUAUCAAGAGCGAUAACGAGCGAGACAAGUUUUCAGGGCGCGUCACCUUCAAACUGCGCAUCAACAACUGAAAGCCAAUGAUCAGUGGCGUCACAUGGACCCGUCACACACAUCUCCCAUCAUGCCUCACUUGCCAGGUCCAGGAAGCUGCCGUAUUAGUUACUUCCAUAGUCUCUUCCUAAUCAGGAACACAAACAAAGGGAUGGGUGCGAGGCUUGCUCAAUAUAUGAAUUAUAUUUUUUACAUGAAGGAUUUGUAACCAAUAGAAUUGUAUAUACGAAUUAACCCUUCCACUUCCUGACUCCUCCACAGUCUCAGUGACUGUAAAUAAAACCGACUCCUUCUGGCCCCAAUGCAACAUAUUCCCAUAAGUGCAAUAAAGGCCCAACUGUCAUCUA